GAAAAAAUCAAUUCAUGUCAUUCAUGCAUGAAAGCCGGGAAAACUAGAACUGGGAAUGAUUGCCGAGGAAAACUGUACAAGGUAAAUGCCGAAAUAAGCCGUGUAACGCAACUACCAGAGCAUAGUUACUUGUGUCGAUACCACUGGGACGAAGCAAGGAGAGACAAUCUUCGGUGUUCGUGCCCGCAAGAACAAGGUUUUAAACAUUCAAAAUUAAACGAAAAUAGAGUUCCUAGACGCUACUACCCCAUAUUCGAUAGAAUUGGUUCCAAAUUCUCGCAUUACCGACCUGGAACGAGAUGGUGCAACAGAUGCAAAAGUACCGCGAGCGAGCGCUUCAAAGACGAAGACUUGCAAACAGCGCGCACAACAACUAGUUUGAGGCAUCCAACAAUACAGAGUGCAGAAUGCGUGACAAAUUCCMARUCAUCCACGACAAUGUCAAGUCCAGAACAACUGAGAAAGAUAUGGGAGUUUACUAGUUCCCCAGUUCUAGAGCUGCACAACAUCUUAACAGCCGAAUCAAAUCAGAACCUCUACCAUACACAAGCCACAUUUAGCAAACUUAUUCAUAGACUUCAAAAUCUAGCACAGAUGUUUGGCAUCCAAGUCCAAAAUGAGAAAACAUUUGGAAUUGGCAGGGUUACUAUUGAUAGCUCAACUUGGGUAGAGUUGGAAGAACAAAACAAUAGCUUAGGUAGUACAACUUCAUUUGAACAACUGGUUCAACAAUUCCAGAUGGCCCUUUACCACACUAAAACCUCAAUAUAUAACAGUCAGCAAAUGAUGGCUUUUUCAGAGAAGCAUGCACCAGGGUUGUGGGAUAUUAUCAUAAAAGCUAUCUCUAGGAAUGACAGCCGUCUAAGUGAAGAUCAUACAAAAAUGCAGCAGCAAAGAGCAGUUGUCCUGCUACACAUACUUGCUUAUUUUAGAUCACAAAAAACCUGUCACUUACAAAAAGAUCAAGGUCUGUUUUUACAACAGCAUGGGACAUCAAGGGUAGCACUGAAUUCAGGACGAGUCCUUGGUUUUAGCACAAGCCCUAGAGAUAUAGACCGACACAAGCUCCAACUUAUCCGAAAUUAUCCUUCUGUUCUCAAACAAAGAUUAGAAUCUGCUAUUACGGGACCCUAUCUAAUGGUUAACCUUUUGGACGACUUCCACAACAUUCUUACUAUAAGACUUCCUUCAGAAUUGAAGCUCUCAGUAGCCACUCAUAUGGCAAGCAGUCUGCUUGAUAUACAUAAGAAAAUUCCUGCAGUGAAACUACCUCUAAAAAAGGGCAUCCAACACAACACUGUCAAAAUAAAAGUUGCUGGAGUUGAAAAGGAGUGCAGAGGCGGGAUAAGCAAAACAAACAUCAAAAAAUUGUUAGAUAGUUAUAAAGAGAAAAGGCAUCAAAUGUUCUUUGAAUGCUUUCCAAGAGUGCUCUUAAUAACUCCAACAAAAAUUCAACACCAACUUAAAGAAUUAAGGGUUUAUUCUCAAUUAUCCCAUGAUGAAAUGUGCACAUUACAAACAACAACACUCAUCGAUGAAUUUGAACAACCAUUAAAAAGCAUGGAGGAUUAUGAGAAGGCAUUAACACACAUUUUGAGUAAAUGCCCUAAUCUAAAAAAUUAUCUCCAACACUUUGUUUUACCGACACCUGGAGACUGGCCAACAUGGUUCUAUCAGAAGAAACUGAUAGCACAGCGCAGUAAUUUAAGUCUUCAUUCAAUCAUUCCAGAGCAAGGUCCAUUUCAUGUGUUUCUAAAUCUUCAAGAGGAUAUUGUUAAAAUGUACCACUUCAUACUCAAGCCUAUUUACAAGGAAAUUUUUGGCUCAGACUUGCCACUCAAGCCCAAACCAUACAGAAUUAACAUUUUAAUCAAUGCCGUGUUUUUGGGAUGGCUGAAAAUAAGAUCAAAAGUGCUACAAAAAUUUAAACUUUGCAAAGAUAUAGAGUUUUCAUGCAUCCUACACAUGCUUGAAGAAGCAAUGCCAAUUGGAUUUUGUUUUUAUUCCCUUGUAUACAGAUCUGGAGUACUUUCUGAUUAUGUUGAAGUAAUGUUGAGACUUUUAGUAUUGUUCAUUGUUUGGAAAAGGAAACACUAUCAUAAAUCAACAUUAUCAAUGCUUAGUGACUUAUGGCACCAUAAAGAAAAUUUAAAAAAAUAUUAUGACUUGAAAAAAUAUUGGAUGACUUUAAUUACCGAAAAAAAAGUAGAGAUCUGGCACAGUGUACUGAGGCAUAACAUCCAAGUCUAUGACAAGGCUGACCAAAUACAAUCAAAAGCAAUAGCUCUGGCUGCAUCAAAAUCUGAACAAGACUUUCAAGCACAGUUUCUCAAGCCAUACAAACGUGGUUGCACAGAAAAAGACUUAAGUAUGAUUGCUGGAAAAUCUGCAGAAGUACUUCUGUCUACCAUAAAAGCCAUUGGUCAAAACCUGGGUAAAUCAGAAAAGAUUGACCAGAACAAUGACACACAAAAGAAGAAGAAGGGCAUUGUAAAAAAAUACUACAUGCAUACAUUUGAUGCCACUGUAGACACAAAAGCAAUGCCAUUUGCCUACCUUGAUUCCAAAGAUGCACCAGGUAAAGAUCCAGACCCACACAAACUUUGUGACAGUCCUCUUUGUGAUGUUACAGACCAAGCAGCUCAAGCCUUUAGACUGCCUUGUUAUCAUACCAUCCACAAGUCUUGUUUCCAAAAUUCACGACAAUCCUGUCCAAUCUGCACAGAUAACCUCAGUAAAAGAGUGAAUAACUUAGCAGAUAGUUUCAAUGAAAGCUUACUGAAACCAACAACUCAAUCGAAGAAAAAUCAAGAUAACUCUGAUGAUGAAGAUGAUGAUAAUGAUGACGAUGAAGAAGACACUAUCUCUGUGAAUCAUAGAGACCCAUCCUAUUAUUUAUCCAACCAAUGGCAGUCACACAUUGACAGAGAGUUGAACAGUUUCUCAGUUCUGCAGCCCAGUAUUAACCAUACAUCACAAUCAGCAAAUCAGCCAAGUACUAACAAUCCAAAUCAGCCAGUUGCUUUGAACAUCACAAUUGCUAAAAUGUCCAUUGGGAAUUCAUUGUUGAUUUUCUUACCAGCCAAUGCAUCCCAGGCCACAAUUUUGGGAAGAAAUGGAUCCAAUGCUUGCACAUUCAUAGCUUUAUUGAUAGCGAAAUUGUACACAAAUUCUGCACAAUAUCAACAUCUUCAGCUUGGCCGUAAUGGUGAUUUAAAUCAGUAUUGGUUAACAUUGUUAUUGUCAGCUAUGGCCAGAGGCAACCAGCUAUAUGAUGCUGUCACUCAAGGCUCUAACCAAUUCUUUAGUGUUGCUGAUGCAAGAAACCAUCUUUUAGCAGUUAUUUCUCCAGUUACAUUAGAAGACACCUUUGAUGUCACCUUUACAUGCGAGAAUCCUCAAGUGCCUCAGAGUUCUUUGAGUUUUUAUUUGCAACGACUCGUUCUUGAACGUCCAUUAGCAGCUCUUGUUAUCAUCGAUGGGAUGACAGUGUGUUUUGUUGGACAAAACAAUUGUGUUUACUUGAUUGAUAGUCACCCACAUAUCGAUCACGGAAGGGCUUUUGGUGCUUUGGUUGGCAUGACACCUGUGAAUCACCUCGAAGAGUUUCUCGUCAAUGUUAAACCGAAAAUUUCGCCUAAUUUCAAUGUCUGUUCAUUACAAUUCGCAUCGCUUUGAUUGUAUUAACUUAGCGUAAACGGUGCCUUUACUCUAAACAAAACCUACUUUAACGUUGAAAUGAAGAGAAAAUAAAUCAAUCUUUCAUUUGGGAAGCACAAA